AUGUCUCUCUGUGAUUAUGAAUGCUUCCCUACAGCACAGAACCAGAUAGCUUUGCGGGGACCGGACAGCCCAUGCGAGGGCCGCUUGGAGGUGUACAAUGAUGGCGAGUGGGGCUUGGUGUGCUAUCAUGGUUGGAACAGUGAAAAUGGUCAAGAUCGUAAAAAUGGUGAGGUAGUGUGCAGAUCUCUGGGCUGUGGACAACAUGUUGAAUCUGGCCAUAACAAAGACAGUUACAAGAACCAUCAACUACCCACUAAAUAUUGGAUGGAUGAGGUAAGAUGCAGCGGAACAGAGAACAACCUGUGGAACUGCAAGAAACCCAGAGUCACUCACUGCAAAGCGGAUAACUACGUAACAGUGAAGUGCUCAGGGUCUAUAGAGCUGAGUUUGAACAGGAAUGGAAAAAUGGACGAGAGCGCUGGGGUUGUCUAG